CCUCUGCCUGAUGGCACCUUGGCGGUAGGUGAGUCAAGGCGGUUGUGCCGCGGCAAUUGUUGACUGAGCAGCCUAGCAAGAAGGUCAGCAAGUCAUGGAGGAAGAGUUGACAGGAGAGGACUCGGCGUCGAAGACUCCGCAACGGGAAGGCACCAACAGCCGCAGCGAGCAGCCGCUGGCCUUGGCCACGGACGCGGUGUCGCUGCCGAGCUACGCCGAGGAGCCGUACGUCUCGGAGCUGACGGUACUGCUGAUGAAGUCGAGCCAGGAGUCCGGGGCGACGUCGCAGUGCACCCGACGUCGCCAGCGCAGCGCCCCCGGCAGCCUCGACGACGAGCCCGAACUGAUCCGCGACACGCUGCCCGGCAGCUCCAGCGACGGCGACGUCGCCGGCAUGGCGCUGUCGUCCGAGCUGCUGGCCGGGCUCGAGCAGUGGAGGUUCGACGACUCGGAGCGCGAGCAGGACAACAAGGAGUGUCCCGUGGAGCUGGACAGCGGCGAUCCGGUGCUGGCGGAGCGGGAGCCCGUGGCGCUCAAGGCGCCCGAGGCGUCCGACCGCCCGCUCGCACCGUCGAGCGACGAGGAGGAGGAGGAGGAGCAGCAGCAGCAGCAGCAGCAGCAGCAGCAGCAGCAGCAGCAGCAGCAGUCGUCGCAGGUGAUGCUGCUGGCGAAGAAGGAGCUGGCGGGCGCGGCCGAGGACGAGGACAGCUCGGAGCCGCUGCGCAACAUGUCGCUCGUCGAGGCGGCGGCGGCGAGGCCCUCCACCACGGAGCGCGCGAUAAAAGACGUGCCCUGCCCGCCGGCGCACAGGCUGCGGCUCGAAGAGGCGUUCGACGAGGCGACGGGCCUGCCGCGCCUCGGGCCGCUCAGGGAACACCUGCGGCGCGAGGGCCUGCUCAGCGUGGACGCGGCGCUGCGCAUCGUCGACGCUGGCGCGGCCGUGCUGCGAGCCGAGCCCAACGUUGUCAGGAUCGCCGCGCCGGUGACGGUGUGCGGGGACGUGCACGGCCAGUUCUACGACUUGCUGAACCUGUUCGAGAUCGGCGGCGACCCCUGCGAGACUAACUACCUGUUCCUGGGCGACUACGUGGACCGGGGCUGCUUCGGCAUCGAGAUCGUGCUCUACCUGUGGAGCCUGAAAGUCAACUACCCGGCGAGCUUCCACCUGCUGCGCGGCAACCACGAGUGUCGUCACGUCACCGAAGCCUUCACCUUCAGGCAGGAGUGUCACACCAAGUACAGCGCCGAGGUGUACGAGGCCUGCAUGCGGGCCUUCGACUGCUUGCCGCUGGCGGCUGUGCUCGACAAGCAGUUCUUCUGCGUGCACGGGGGCUUGUCGCCGACGGUAUUCCGCGUCGAAGACGUGAACUUGAUCGACAGGUUCAAGGAGCCACCCUCGCACGGACCCCUUUGCGACUUGCUCUGGUCGGAUCCGUGCGAGGACUACGGCAGCGAGAGCAAGAAGCAGCACUUCUCUCACAACACGGUCCGGGGCUGCUCGUAUUUCUACAGCUACGAGGCCGUGUGCAAGUUCUUGGACAGGAAUCAUCUGCUGGGCGUGAUACGAGCGCACGAGGCCCAGGACUCCGGCUACAGAAUGUACCGCGCGACCAAGAACGGAUUUCCGUCACUGCUGACGUUGUUCAGCGCUCCGAACUACCUCGACGUCUACAACAACAAGGCUUCCGUGCUCAAGUACGAGAACAACGUUUUCAACAUCAAGCAGUUCAGAAGCGUGCCACAUCCCUACUGGCUGCCCAACUUCGCCGAUGCCUUCUCUUGGUCCAUGCCGUUUCUCGCCGAGAAAGUGACAGCAGUCGGACUCGGAAUCUUGAACAUUUGCUCCGAGGAGGAAUUGAAGUUGCAGAGUCCUACGCCAGGGUCCAGAAGGCGCACCAGAGCUAUACGCAAGAAGGUGGAAGCUAUCGGGAGGAUGUCGUUGACCUUCUCCAUCUUGAGGGAGGAGCGAGAGAGCGUUUUGCAGUUGAAGGGCCUGUCGCCAAACGGAACGCUGCCACACGGUGCUCUAGCCGACGGCAAAAACUCGCUGAAAAUCGCUGUGCAAAAGCACCGCCUGACGUUCGAGCAAGCGAAAGCUCUCGACGCCGAGAACGAGCGCGUGCCGCCUCGGCCGACCGACUCGGAGCCCACGGCUCGUGCCCAACGGGGAAGCGACCUGGCCGUCGGUGCGACUUGGCCGUCGAGGGGAACUGAAGCGUGUCCGGACCGAAACGAGUCACGAUCGCUGCCGCCGGACUUCGCCGCUGGGCCUUCGUCGUCAUUGGCGAUGUGUUCCGAAAACGCCGACCGAUCGACAUCGACCACGCCGACAAAGCAGCCUGAUGCGCCAUCCAACGGCAAUCCUAGCCCUACAGCCAAGGACGUCAAACGACAAUCGGUCUCGCCAAAAUCGCUCAAAAGAACUUACAGCGACGUUUUCGAGCGUUACAAUCCAUUUAAGAGCACGAAAGUUGUCCCCCUAGAAAAAUAGUCGUCGAUCGAUGCACCUGUGGCAGCUAACUCUGAGAUGAGCGCGCCUGGAAAUCAUGAAUAACGUUGAACGACGGGAAAAAUCGAUGUUUGCACGAACUUGACGCAAGUAUUUAUUGCAUCGCAGCUGAUGUCAAGAACCGCUGCCGCUACGAACUAUAGAUUAUAAAGCUCCUUCGACGGAUGCUGGAUGUCUCUGUCAUCUCUACUUUGUUGUAGUCUUGAAGAGUACUUUAUCCCAGUAGGGAAGAAAUCAAUGUAACUCCCGCGUUGUUUCAGAGACAACUUCAGUCGUCUUAAUUAAAUCACUCCGAGUAUUGUUGCAUUCCUGUAAUCAUGUUCAGUGUGCGAAAAGGCACUGUAUUCCUAAUAUUUCAAAUAAACGAAUAAA